AUGGGUAUUCAAAAACCUGUCGUGAGUAAUGAAGUAAGCUCAGGAUAUGUAUAUCAACCUAGUCCCCAAGAUCAAAUUGGAGUGGUUUCUUCAAAUGGUCUGGAUCAGUACUUUUAUACAUCCCCAUCAACUCAAAAGCCUGAAAAGAAGCCUGAAGCCUACGUUUUCAACUUUGCCAAGGGUUCCAUGCCCAUUAUCCACAUUCAACCAAAACCCUAG